AUGUCGAAGCAGGGAGACGACAGCCGUUCGCCAACCGUAUCAUCACGGCUUCGGUCGAGACUCAGACGUCUAUUGCACCGUUCAAGCCCCCUGCCAAGCCAAUCAGCUGCCCAAAUUUCCAGUAACGGCCAAACAGACGAUGAUAACGUUCAAUCUACCGGGCCUGCGAAUAUCUCGAAAACCAUAGCAGCGCCCGAUUCGACCAGUGACAAAUCUAUUGCAGACAAUCAACAAGACGCUACUGGGAGCGACAAUGUUGUUCAGUCGGACGCAAAGUCCGAGUCGAGUCUCUGGCAAGAGGCACUCGAGAAAACAGAUAAAAUGACAAAGGCCCGCAUUGAUAAAUACAUGAGUCGUGAGGAUGUCAAGGUUCAGACUAAUGAACUAAUUGGUAUCGUACGAGAGAGAGAAAAAGAGUUUCAAGACAAAACACACAAAAUCAAUAUUGGAGAUCGGGAAAUCAUAUGGAGAGACUAUGCAAAUCGGGUCGUUUCCUGGAUAACUGACAUCGGCAACAUUGCAGUUCAGUUUGCCCCGUCGGGGUCCGCAGCUGUCUGGUCAGCCAUGAAAGUUCUUCUCAAGGCCCACGUAGAUCAAUGCCAGGAACUCACUGCUCUCUUCGGGUGCGCGGAGAGAGUUUUGCGUUUGGUCCGGCGUGGCAAAAUUUACGAAGCCAUUUACAUCCAAGGAGCUAGUGAGACAAGUUUCAAGUCCUCAGAAGGCCUGCGCGAAGCACUAGUCAAUGCAUAUCAAGCGUGUCUUAACCUUCUGGCACUUACAGCUGAUCGCCUCCAACAGACAAGUAUCGUUCGAUUCCUGCAUGCCCUAGAAAAUCCCCGGGGAGAAGGUGAUGAGAUGGUUGGGGCACUAAGUAAGUCCGAAGUCCUCCUGUCUCACGAGGUACAAGCUUGUGAAGCCGAGCAAAGACAGACGGAAAAUGCAAAGAACAGAGAGCUCCUUCAAAGAUUAAACGAGCCUCUACGGUACAUUGACCAGCGCAUGGCUGCUCUAUUUACGCAAGUGGAAAGGAGCAAACAUUACGACACAUUGGACUUUAUCAGCAAGGUGAACAUCGGCAAUCAACAUCAGAGAAGGAAGAACACAAGGUUAGAAGGAACUUGCGACUGGCUAUUAGAACGCCAGAAGUUCCUUGACUGGGAAACUUCCAGCAUGUCGUCAAUUUUCUGGCUCAACGGUGAAGUUGGCGCCGGAAAAUCUCUGCUUACUUCUAAAGUCGUUGAUCGCUACUACGUCGAUGCUCAGAGGCUGAUAGACGAGGUCCAUAGCUCAUUGGUCGACGAAGGCUUCGCGUUCUUCUACUGCAGUAAAGGUGAUGCUGACAUCCAGGAUGAUUUGGAAACCCAUCUUCUCAGAAGCUUUUUGCGGCAGUUGGCUACCGUUCCGCAUUUUCCGACGAGGAUGGAACAAAGCCUCAUUGGACUCUGCGAUGAAAUGAGGAACAAGUCUGAAGCAUUCUCUGUCCAAAAGUGCCAAGAGAGGAUAGUGCAGCUCAUCAAUAUUCUUCCCCGCACUAUUUUCGUUUUGGAUGCCCUUGAUGAAUGCGACAAAGGAACUGCCAAGAGACUUGUGAAAUUCUUUACGAGACUUGUGCAGGAGUCUAAAAGCCUUAUCAAGAUCUUUGUUUCAAGCCGAGACGAGCAGCAUAUUCGCAGAACUAUCUGUAGCAACCACACCAUCGAAAUUACCAUCAAUAAAAACAAUCAUGACGAUAUUAAAAGGUAUAUCAGCACGACUAUAGAAGAGGUGGGCGAUGAAUGGUCACCAGAUGUUAAAUCGGCUGUACAAGCAAAGCUGUUGAGGGGGCAUAAUGGAAUGUUUAGAUGGGCAUUCCUGCAGAUUGAUCAGCUCAAAUCGCUCACAUCCGCCGAGGCAAUCUUGGACCGCCUGGAGAACCUCCCCAAAGACCUCGUGGCAGCAUAUGAUGAGAUUUACAAUGAGAAACAAGAAUUUGACCGAAUUUUGCUGCAGCGGGCCGUCAGAUGGGUAUCGUAUGCCCGAAAACCACUAUCAACCGAGCAAUUACUCUCAGCAGUCCGGUUACAAGCUAAGCACGAUGACCAAAAUGUCUACACCUUGGAGCGAUCCGGGGAAGAUAUCGCAGACGAUUCUUGGAAAUUCGCUCAUGCAUCCGUCUUGGAAUACUUUCAGACCCAACAUAAGCCUUGGAUGGAGGAAAAAGCCAAAAUCGAGCUGGCAAAGUUGUCACUUCUGAUUCUUAUUGAGGAGUAUAACGCGUGGCCACUUCCAGAGGAUGAGGGAUUGACUGAAAGCCCCCGCGGCAUCAACGAUCCAGAAUUUGGAGAAGACAACUACCUAGAAUUACUACGCAGCAGGCCUGGAUUAGAAAACUAUGUCUCAGAGUUUUGGCCGUGGCAUAUCCAAUCAACACAAGCUGGGGAUAAGGGAUGUCCAGAAGUGUCACAUCUUCUCAAACGGUUCAUGGCAGCCGAGGGCGAAACCUUGAGCUACAGCGAGGAGUACCGAAGAUGGAUCCAACACGCCUCGGAACAGAUGACUUCUAACCCGUUUUACAGGGACUAUGAGCUAGAGUACUGUCUAAGGUCCAACACCAACCCAGUUUUCUGGAUAAUAGCUCUCAAUCUUUAUGCUACAGCAAAAAAAUGGAUGGGUGGCCAUCUCAAUGUACAAGAACUCAACAGGGAAGGACUUGAUGCUCUCGCAUUCGCUGCUCGGUACGGCCACGACGCACUUUGUGUCGAACUAAUCAAGAUGGGCAGCGAUACGAACAGAAUCUUACAUGUAUGUGACUGGAGUGACGCGUCUAUGAAAACAAGUGCGCUUAGGGAAGCCGUUAUGAGGGAGCACGUACCUUGCGUCAGGACGCUUCUGGAGCACAACGCUGAUCCGAAUCUACAUACAUCCUCUAUGGCUAUUUGUGAAGCUGCACGGCGUAACACCGAAAUUUUGGGGGUUCUCCUUGAAUAUAAUGCGAGCCCAAAUCUUUUGUGUCCGGAAGAAUGCGAAUUUAGUUCUGCAUUAGAAGCGGCCGCAUGUUGGGACGACUCUGCUUACAGGGCGGAAUUGUUAAUCAACGCCGGAGCGAUUAUUGACGCGGAUCUCCCCAGGGCUGGCACUGCACUCACAAGUGCCGCGUCCUGGGGCUCACUAAAUAGUGUUAAGAUUCUUGUCAAGCAUGGGGCAGAUGUGAAUGCUCAUCUAAAAGUUCAGCCUGGUAGUGUCUUGGCCUCUGCUAUUUUUGGUCUGGGUGACGUGGCCUUGUUAAAAUUUCUUAUCGAGGAGGCAAAGGCGGAUCCGCAGAAGAUGAUUUUUAAUUUUCAACGUACUAGUAUAGAGUCUACGGGCGAUAUUGAUACAAUAGGCCUUGAAGCAGACGUGAGGAUUGAAAAAGUAGAUUAUUUAAUUAGCGGGCAACAUCUCACUCACGACGACUUGGUAAAUAUUGGGUAUACCAGAAAUAGUACUGCUUAA